AUGCGCGCUCACUGGAGCAAGCCGCCGUCGUACGGCACAUCAUCCGUCGCACUCCGCGCGCUCCAGGCGCUAAACGACUGCUGCGGGCCCUGCGAGAAACGGCAGGCUGCCACCUAUCUCCCCUUGGGCCGUUGGUCACUCGUCGCAUGGCAGCCCCGCUGGCUGUAUAGCACACCCUCUGGACUCGCAUACUGCCGGGCGGAGCAACCCGAGCGCGGGCGCCACCUGCCCUUUCAGAACAUGGAGUCGAUCCGACUUGACGGCACUGAGAUCAUCGUGCGAUGCGACACCCGCGACUUCCACUUUCAGCCGCUCGACACAGAUACGGACGACGCUGCGAGCAUUGCGUUGAGGGUUGCAAUGGUAGUGGGCCUCGUGACGGCGUGGUCGAAAAGCCAGUCAGUGAGCCACCGUGAGACGGGGUCGCGCAGCACGUAA